UCAAAGUCAAAAGCUCUGCUAAGAAUCAGUAAGUUUCAUUUUACUGUGACUGGGGGGCUUGCUGGGGCCUGGUUCCAGAGGGCUGAGUCCAGCCUCAAGCAGGGAGCAAGCCCUCACCAUGCCGGCCUGCUGCAAUUGGAAUGAUGUUUUCCAGUACGAGACCAACAAAGUCACCCGGAUCCAGAGCAUGAAUUAUGGCACCAUUAAGUGGGUCUGCCACAUGAUUGUCUUUUCCUACGUUAGCUUUGCUCUGAUGAGUGACAAGUUGUACCAGCGGAAAGAGCCUGUCAUCAGCUCUGUGCACACCAAGGUGAAAGGGAUCGCAGAGGUCAAAGAGAUCGUGGAGAAUGGGGUGAAGUCGGCGCGGAGCAUCUUCGACACUGCAGAUUACACCUUCCCUCUGCAGGGGAACUCCUUCUUUGUGAUGACAAACUUUCUCAAGACAGAAGGCCAAGAGCAGGGGCUGUGUCCCGAGUAUCCCACCCGGAGAACCCUCUGUUCCUCUGACCGGGGUUGUCGAAAGGGAUGGAUGGACCCACAGAGCAAAGGAGUCCAGACCGGAAGGGGCGUCGGGUACAAAGGGAACCAGAAGACCUGUGAAGUCUCUGCCUGGUGUCCCAUUGAGGCAGCACAAGAGGCCCCACGGCCUGCACUCCUGAACAGUGCUGAAAACUUUACUGUGCUCAUCAAGAACAACAUAGACUUCCCUGGCCACAACUACACCACGAGAAACAUCUUGCCUGGUUUAAACAUCACUUGUACCUUCCACAAGACUCACAAUCCACUGUGUCCCAUUUUCCGACUAGGAGAUCUCUUCCGAGAAACAGGAGAUAACUUUUCAGACGUGGCGAUUCAGGGAGGAAUCAUGGGCAUUGAGAUCUACUGGGACUGCAACCUGGACCGCUGGUUCCACCACUGCCGUCCCAAGUACAGCUUCCGUCGCCUGGAUGACAAGAGCACCAACGAGUCCUUGUACCCUGGCUACAACUUCAGGUACGCCAAGUACUACAGGGAAAACAAUGUUGAAAAGCGGACUUUGAUAAAGGUCUUUGGGAUCCGUUUUGACAUCCUGGUCUUUGGCACUGGAGGGAAGUUCGACAUCAUCCAGCUAGUGGUGUACGUCGGCUCGACCCUCUCCUACUUUGGUCUGGCCACCGUGUUCAUCGACUUUCUCAUCAACACUUACUCCAGCAACUGCUGCCGGUCCCACGUCUACCCCUGCUGCAAGUGCUGCGAACCCUGCGCGGCCAACGAGUACUACUACAGGAAGAAGUGCGAGUCCGUCAUGGAGUCCAAGCCGACGUUAAAGUAUGUGUCCUUUGUGGAUGAAUCCAACAUCUGGAUGGUGGACCAGCAGCUACUCGGGAAAAGUCUGCAGGAUGUCAAGGGCCAAGAAGUCCCAAGACCCCUGAUGGACUUCACAGGCUUGUCCAGGCUGCCCCCAUCUCUCCACGACCCACAAGCCGUCCCUGAAGAACCAGAUGAGAUGCAGCUGCUGACUGCAGAGGCCAGUCCUAGGCCCACCAACAGCCCAGAUUGGUGCCAGUGUGGAAGUUGCCUCCCAUCCCAGCUUCCUCAGAGCCGCAGACCCAUGGAGGAGCUCUGCUGUCGGAGAAAGCCGGGUGCCUGCAUCACGACCUCAGAGCCCUUCAGGAGGCUCGUCUUAUCCAGGCGAGUCCUGCAGUUCCUGUUGCUCUAUCAGGAGCCUUUGCUGGAGCUGGACGCGGAGUCCGCCAAUAGUCGGCUGCGGCACUGUGCCUACAGGUGCUACACCACCUGGCGCUUCGGCUCCCAGGACCUGGCUGACUUUGCCAUCCUGCCCAGCUGCUGUCGCUGGAGGAUCCGGAGAGAGUUUCCUAGGAGUAAAGGGCAGUACAGUGGCUUCAAGAGUCCUUACUGAGAGCGUGGGGGCUGCAGGAGUCGUAUCGAUGGUACUUUUGCUAGCACUCUGAGCUUCACCUGCAAAGAUCUGCGGCCAUAUUUUCAGCCAAAGGGAAGUGUGUUUUCUUUUACUGCUCACGUGUGUCAAGCAAACCAAUGAAUCAGAAUCCCUCCACAUAUGGAAGUCUCAAUUCCGUCCCUAGGAAGUUGUGCGGCCCUGGGGUUGUCACCUCUGUCCUUCAGUUGCCUCAUUACCCCAUCUACUGAAUUCCAGAGGUGUUGUGAGACAUUCUCCAUAAACUAUCUGAUUAAUGGGUAAAGAGCUUUGUGAACACAGAGCAUCUCACUGUGUGUUCAGACUAAGGCAGUGUCUAGCUAAGAACAAACCCUUUAGGUCCUGGUUAGAGAAUGUGGAGGAUUAAAGAUGGCUACAAAUUCUUUGACACUCAUCCUUCAAGUACUGAGGGUUUCAUCUUUCCACUUGAGUAUGGGUAGCUCUGAUGGGUUGAUCCAAUGGUGAAAGUGAGGCUUUGUCCAUUUCAAGAUCUUGGUCUUAAGAAGCUGGCAACUC